UGGCGUUCAAGUAAACACAAACCAAUGUGAGCAGAUAAGUAUCAACUUAAAUGGAAGCCUUGUGUGUUCUUGUGAACCUGGAUACAAAAUAAGUAGUAUUGAUCCUAAUCAGUGUGAAGCCUGUAAUGCUACCCACUAUGGUCUGAACUGUGCCAACACCUGCAGCUGUAACCUAAACAACACAGUUGAUUGCAAUGACACCACAGGAGAAUGUUUGUGUGCAGCUGGUUAGAAUGGCACAACUUGUGAUGAAGAUGUCAAUGAGUGCCUUAAUGCCAGCUACUGUCCUGGUUACAUGGAAGUUUGCUUUAAUUUGGUUGGGUCAGCAGAAUGUAGGUGUGAGAUUGGUUUUCAAAGAUCACUUAUUGACCUGCAGUGCAAAGCUUGUAAUAACACCUUCUUUGGGUAUGAAUGCUCAAAUCCUUGCUCAUGUGUUAUGGAGAAUACAGUAGAUUGCCUGGACAAUACAGGAGAAUGCUCUUGUCUCUUUGGAUGGAAUGGCACGAACUGUGAAACUGAUAUUGAUGAGUGUGAACAGACUGACUUUUGUUCUGAUAUCCAUGCUAGCUGCUUUAAUUUAAAUGGAUCUGCAGAAUGUAGGUGUAAUAUUGGAUAUGAGAAUUCUACCACUGAUGAAAGCUGCCAAGCCUGUAAUGCUACCCACUAUGGUCUGGACUGUGCCAACACCUGCAGCUGUAACCUAAACAACACAGUUGAUUGCAAUGACACCACUGGAGAAUGUUUGUGUGCAGCUGGUUGGAAUGGCACCACUUGUGAUGAAGAUGUCAAUGAGUGCCUUAAUGCCAGCUACUGUCCUGGUUACAUGGAAUUUUGCUUUAAUUUGGUGGGGUCAGCAGAAUGCAGGUGUGAGAUUGGGUUUCAACGAUCACUUAUUGACCUGCAGUGCCAAGCUUGUAAUAACACCUUCUUUGGGUAUGAGUGCUCAAAUCCUUGCUCAUGUGUUAUAGAGAGUACAGUAGAUUGCCUGGACAAUACAGGAGAAUGCUCUUGUCUCUUUGGAUGGAAAGGCAUCAACUGUGAAACUGAUAUUGAUGAGUGUGAACAGACUGACUUUUGUUCUGAUAUCCAUGCUAGCUGCUUUAAUUUAAAUGGAUCUGCAGAAUGUAGGUGUAAUAUUGGAUAUGAAAACUCUACCACUGAUAAAAGUUGCCAAGAUAUUAACGAAUGUUUAGGCUCAACCACACCUGUAUGUGAUCACAUAUGUACAAAUACAAAUGGGAGUUAUCUAUGCUCUUGUAGAGAUGGCUACAAUAUAAAUCCAACAGACCAAACUAAAUGUAUUGACAUCAACGAAUGUUUAGGUUUAACCGUGCCGGUAUGUGAUCAAAUAUGUACAAAUACAAAUGGUGGUUAUCUUUGCUCUUGUGGAGAUGGCCACAAUAUAAAUCCAACUGACCCAACUAAAUGUGAUGACAUCAACGAAUGUUCCGAUUCAACCGUACCGGUAUGUGAUCAAAUAUGUGCAAAUACAAUUGGUGGAUAUCUAUGCUCUUGUAGAGAUGGCUACAUAAGAAAUCCAUUAGACCCAACUAAAUGUGAUGACUUUAACGAAUGUACCAGUUCAAUAGUGCCUGUAUGUGAUGAUAUAUGUGCAAAUACAAAUGGUGGUUAUGUAUGCUCUUGUAGAGACGGCUACACCAUAAAUCCAACAGACCCAACUAAAUGUGACGUCUAAUUAUUAUUAUUAUCCAUAAAGAAGACACUUUAACAACAAAACAAA